AUGUCCCUGUUCAAGGUGCGCAAUUGGUGGAAAACUCAGUGUCCGACGGUGGAACCGUCAUACGAUUCCUUCUCGCUACACUGUGCUCGACUCUGCCUAGAAGAGGGCGAAAAGGACAGUAUCGUGGUUGGAUGCCACUCCGGGCAGCUGUGUAUCUAUCAACCUUCAGGCCAACGGAACGAGUUACCCGAUCUGGAUGCAGAAACCGAAGGGCACCCGGCCAACCAGCGGCUUCAGGGCGAUGCAUUCGAGAAUCAUUUUCAACCCUCGGACGUCCUGCUCGAGGUGAUGCUACCGCUGCCCGUAAUCGGUGUUUCAAGUGGCAAAUUCACGACUGCAAGCAGAAACGAUCCCCGGCAGCAGCUGGCCGUACUGCAUCCGAUGCGAUUGUGCAUCUUCCAGAUUGUGACCGUGGAAGGAAUCGCAGAGCACGGAGACUAUACGAAGCUUGUUCCGCUGUACGAUCAUGCGCUCGCCAAACCUGCCUUCUCCUUUUGCCAAGGUCCUUUUGGGGGCGUGAAAGGGCGCGAGUUCCUGUGCGUCCAGCAUCUGGAUAGCUCGCUGCGGUUCUUCGAGCAGGAUGGUAUCAGCUACGAAAGGAUGCUGGCCACGGAUCGCCAUCUGCCCUCACCGGUGCGGUACGUGGUGCGGACCGAUUGCUUCGUUACGGUGGCACCGAGCUGGGUGCUCGAGUGUUAUCGCUACCAGGAUAUUGCCGAGGCACAGGAAGCGUUGCGACGCCAUGAUCCAAUCUGGUCACUGUGCGUCGGUGAGUACGCACUCGAUCUUAGCGUCCAUCAGAUCUCCAGCACGGAAUCGGUCAUAGUGGUGCUGGGGGAGAACAAUCUGCUGUGCGUGUCCGACACCGGGAAGGUGCGGUUCAUCAAGAAGCUCGACUACUCACCGAUCUGCUUCCACGCGUUCGUCGUCGGCUGGUACUGGGAACCCGGUGCCCGGUUACUGUUGACCGUCGUAUCGGAAAGUGGAUCGCUGUUGAUCUACGAAAACGAUCAAAUCGUUUGGUCCGCUCAGCUUCCGGAAAUUCCGGUGGCACUCGGUCGUGCCAACGUUAGCGGACUGCCCGGAGCACUGGUGACGCUCGAUCAGACGGGCUCCCUUACGAUCGGUUAUCUCGGUUCCGAGCCGGAGCUAUUCAAGGUGCCUGCCCUUAACCUGGUCCCACUGGAACUGGACCGCUGCCAGCGGGAACUGUUGGCGCUAGAGCGUGAGAUACGGGCCGGGGUCGAUCCAAGCGAUGCCAGCAUCGCCAACGCAGCUACCGAACGCGAUGUCACACUGGAGCUUGCAAUCGACAGCUGUAUCCCUUGCACACAUCCCACCAACAUCUCCACCAGCGGUGCUCCACUGGAAAUGUGCCGGUUGAGUGUUACGGUUCGCGUUUCGCUCAAUCUCGAAAUGCUGCAACUGACCGUGGCCCUCGAUCCAUCGGUUCGCUGCACCAAGGAAUCAUUUCUCUUUCGCGACGUUCUCGCAAAUAGUACGGAGCUGUUCGAGGUUUGGUUGUACCCGUAUGAAGCGGCCACACCUGCCUCGCUGGCCGUAACCGUAUCCUGCUCCUAUACCAACAAGCAGAGCAUCACGCGAGUCCUGCAACGCACCGUAUCGCUGCCACUGCAGCUCUUCGUCAAGGCGUGCCCUGCUUCGAAGGAAGCCAACCAUAAGAUCACUCUGACGGCUUCGAGCAGUGCUUUGGCGGCCGUCGGUACCGGAUUGAAUCCUUUGUUUCCGGAGUUUUGCAAUCCAGAAGGGGGCAGCCAGACGGCCCUAGGACUGCAAUCGCUGGUCGAUGGGCGUCGUGUGACGAUCGUGGCGGCCAAAAACACGAACCGAUUCCGGAUACAAUCCGAUGAGCUGGCCCUUCUGCCGCUCGUGCUCGAGUGUCUGCUGAAGCGGCUCAAUCCGGAGCCAGGUAGAACACCGAAGGGUCGACCACCGAUCACCGUCAACAUCGUGCCACCGGUGAGCGAACUGGCCAACCAUUUCCGUAUUCAUCAUGAUCUUAGGAGAGAAUUGAAGCAUCUUGAGACUGAGCUGGAGAUUGCCACUGGCCAGAUGCGGCUGUUUGAGAGACGAUUCGUCGUUAAGCUGCAAGAUCGUUCGUUGCGCGCUCUGGACGGUGUGCUGCUGUUACUCAAGCGAAACCAUUCCCAUGUGGCCAAGCUCUGCCAGAUGCUGAAGACCAUGCGUCAAGCCGUAAAGCUUUCCCAGAUACACCUCGGUGCCGUGUUGCAUCUGUUCAGUCUGUGCUACUGCCACUCGGCACUCGGAACAUCCGGAGGCACAAAGUAUCUGGAGUGCCUCCGGGGGUUACUGUCCAGCACGGUGAUCGAUAGUACGGAGCAGAGCUACGAACAGAUGCUGUUACCGGUGGUGCGGUUUCUCGAGCAAACUGGACCCCUACGGAAUGUGCUGGACGGAACGGAAGGAUCAGAACCUACCUUCGACGAACCCUACCUGCUCGAUACCGGAACGGUGGAUGAAAACACUCGUGCCGCCCAGCAUCAUCAGCUGUUCGAGAAGUACUUACACCGUAUGCUGGACCGUGUUAACGGCCAGUUGGCGACCGCAUCGAAAGCAACCCUCGGUAGCAGCUCCGGCAGUGGUCGGAACAGUGUGGACUUUGAGGAUCAACCACUACCGGAAGCAGCCAACGAGGAUGAUGAUGAAGAGGAAGCGGAGCGGAGCGAACAGGAAGGAACGCAAAGCGAUCACGGUGCUGCUGACGGUGCCGGCAAUCCCCUGAUGGCUAGUGAAUGGGUCAAUUACGAGAAACUGUCGGAUCUGCCCUCAUAG